AUGUCCAGCUCACUUUCCUCCUUUGCGAUGGGGCCGAGCGACGUCGCGCAGGAUCCGAACAUCCUCCCAGUGCCUCACAAUGCCUCCGACCCCAUCGCGAGUCGGAGCGACGAGUACUUCUGGAACAAGGACUUGCCGAUGGACUCCAUCGUAUGCCGGGCUGGCCGGGCGAACACUGGCGCAACUGAGACGCGUGCGUGCUGUCCGAAAGACAUGGGAAUCUAUACAACCUCCAUCGGAUGCCGAAUGAGCAACAGCACCGAGAACACGGCGUUCUUCCACAACUGCACCAUGCAAGUGGCGAUCGAAGGAAACCCCGGGGACAACAACAUCGCUGAAUGGCUCAACGUCACCUGCGUUCCGUUCGAGACGUAUCUGAACGUGACCCGGCAGCAGCGGUACGACUGGCUAGCGGACAAGGGUUUGGACGAGCUACGAGUCGACAAGGGCGUCGACUCUGUGCCCGUAUGCGCCUCGGUCGGCAAUCCGCAAAAGUUCAACUACACCGGCCAGUGCUGCGCCAAGCUCGGCGGCGACGAGAGCGUGGUCGAGGGCGGAGUGAUAGAGAGCGACAUGGAGGCAAGCUCCGCCAUGAACUGCUACCCGCGCACCAACGAUCCCGAGUUCAGCGGCAAGUUCUCCAAGUGUCUGGAGGAUUUCGGGACGUGGCCUGUUUGCGCUCAGUCAAGAGACCGUAAUGGGAAACCGGGGACGCCAGCGGAGAAGAGCGGGUCCGGCUCCACAUUGACGGCCACGACCCAUCUCGGAACCAGCCUGUUGGUAGUUGGGGCAGCUCUGGCUCUCCUUGUAUGA